CUCGUCGACCAACCUGCAAAGUCGUUGAUGGUGCUGGUAUUUGCCAGAACGUAUUUCAUUCUGACAAUAGACAUGGCAGCAUCGAGAGAUCAACAUGCGACCAAGGACCUGGAAGUUUUCCGACCUCUCUUGGAGACGCCGAUAGAACAAGAUAUUGACCCAAAUGCCCUUCACAUUGCCACGAACACCCUACCGUUCAUUUCCAUCCCAGGGGUCUUUAACUUCCGGGAUCUGGGCCAUCAUCCUCGUCUCAAACAAGGCUUGUUGUACCGGUCCGGGACGUUGUUCACGGUGGAACCUGCAGGUAUCAAUAUGUUGAUCAAUGACCUCAAUGUCCGAACGGUGUUUGACUUUCGGUCGAGCGGGGAGCGAAAAGCCUUUGCAUUUCCUGAGCUCGAGAACGACAAGGGCUCCAUCGCCGUGCACUGGGAACCUUCGGACACACCGGCAGAGACCAACAUCAGCGACUUCGUCGACUUGGAAACCGAGUCUCAUCUCUGGCAUGGAGGAGCCAGAGGGUUCAGCAAGAUGUAUCUUGACACCCUCGAGGUUCACAAGGCAUCUUUCAGGGCAGUGUUGCAACAUGUACUCCUCCGGCCCCAUGAGCCGAUUGUCUUCAACUGCACCGCCGGAAAGGACCGUACUGGGGUCAUGGCAGCUCUCGUUUUAACGCUGGCUGACGUGCCUGACCACGAGAUCGCUGCUGACUACGCCCUCUCAAGAAUCGGGAUCGAGUCUCGCAAGGAGUUCCUCACCGGUAUAAUCAGGAUGUGGAAGCCAGAUUGGACUUCGGAAACGGCGGGAAUGAGAGGCUUUUCCAACGUGAGGCCCGAGUAUAUGGCUCAGUUCCUGCAUGAUGCUAGGAUCAAGUAUGCAGACAUACGCGGGGAAGGGAACUGGGCUGCCCAGUAUGCGCACCAUGAUUUAGGAUUUGAGCUGCAUGAUGUUGAUACCAUUCGCGCCAAUAUGCAGCCCAGUCAGGUCGAGUAAUGGGCAAGGGGGUAGUUGUUCAUGGCAUUCGUGCAUGCAUGGCCUUGAUUGAUAUGCACCGUCGACUCGUG